UUUUGAAGGCGCUUCAAGGUGCCACACUGCAGUUUAGUUCUCUUCCUCGUUCCUGUUGUUGUGGCUUUGUUUCUCCCUGUAUCAUGUGAUAGACACCCAGUGCUCCGGAUCCGUGUAUCACUUCGACGGGCUGUUCGACUUGAAAUGGGUUUAUUAGCCGUGUAUGUCGUGUUAUCGAUGCUGUCGAUCGGCACCAGCAGGUGCAAAUACGAGCCAAACUGGGAAUCGAUCGACUCCAGACCGCUGCCAGAGUGGUACGAUCAGGCCAAGUUUGGCAUCUUCAUACACUGGGGCAUCUUCUCUGUCCCCAGCUUCGGCAGCGAGUGGUUCUGGUGGUACUGGCAGAAACAAAAACAGAAACCGUAUGUUGACUUCAUGCAGAAGAAUUAUCCUCCGGGCUUCACGUAUCCAGACUUCGCGCCGCAGUUCACUGCCGAGUUCUUCGAUGCCAAAGAGUGGACGGACAUCUUCGUGGCGUCAGGAGCGAAGUACAUCGUCCUCACCACCAAACACCAUGAAGGUUUCACACUGUGGGGCUCCAAAAACUCCUGGAACUGGAACGCGGUGGAUGUUGGACCAAGAAGAGAUCUGGUAGAUGAGGUGGUGACUGCCCUCCGGGGUAACAGUGACCUGCGUUUAGGGCUGUACCACUCUCUCUUCGAGUGGUUCAACCCGCUCUUUGAACAGGACGCUGCCAACGUCUUCACCACAAACUACUUCCCCACCACCAAAACUCUGCCCGAGCUGUACGAGCUCAUCCUCAAGUACCAACCAGAGUUGCUGUGGUCUGACGGGGACGGAGACGCUCCGGACAAGUACUGGAACAGCACAGGUUUCUUAGCCUGGCUCUAUAACGACAGUCCUGUACGAGACACGGUGGUGACCAAUGAUCGCUGGGGCUACGGCUCCAUCUGCACCCACGGUGGAUAUUACACCUGUGCUGAUCGCUACCAGCCGGGACACCUGCUCAAACACAAGUGGGAAAGCUGCAUUUCCAUUGACAAAAGGUCCUGGGGCUACAGACGAAACGCUCCUCUCAGCGACUACCUCACCAUCGAGCAGCUUGUAGCGACCCUGGUGGAGACCGUGUCCUGUGGAGGAAACAUGCUGAUGAACAUCGGUCCGACACACGACGGCAGGAUCUCUCCCAUCUUCGAGGAGCGUCUGAGGCAGAUGGGUCAGUGGCUGAAGGUGAACGGGGAGGCCGUCUACAACACGACAGCGUGGAGGGCGCAGAACGACUCCGUCACUCCCAACGUCUGGUACACUUUCAGACCGCAGGAGAAGAGCAUCUUUGCAAUGUUACUGACGUGGCCCAAUAAUGGAUCUGUGAUCCUACAUGAACCAGUGGUCACGCCCAAACAGACUCAGGUGGAGCUCCUCGGUCACGGGUCCGUGCAGUGGGAGCCUGCUAAGCCCGGCGGACUGCGGGUUCUCCUGCCCCAGCUGUCCUUCAGCCAGAUGCCAUGCCAGUGGGCCUGGACGCUGAAGCUGACAGGUGCCACUUAAAGAGAAGCUGGAUCACAUGGAGAGGAACGGAACGAGCGGCAGACUGAAGAGAGAGAGACACCGUCCAUGAAAUGUUACUGUACCGUCUUUGACUUGCACUGUUAAAAUACAAAAAUCAUGUUUUUGAUAUUCUGCUACAGGGACCAGUGUGAUCUAAUGUGAAUGUUUGUAUCACAGUUUUUUCUGCACUUUUAUAAUAAUUUUUUUUACAGCCUAAAUACUCUGAAGUGAUUUCCAUGCAGUUUGUAGCACCGAUCAAUGUGGUGCCUUUUGUUUAAAAUGUGAAGAGAUGCUGAAAUAAAAUAAAUGAAGCCUUCAA